AGUGCAUUUAGGAUAUGCAUCUCUAUAUUCACUUCAUUUGGAAAUAGACAUAUAUAUAUAUAUGUAAAGAGAAGAAUGGAUGAAAGGCAUCUUUCUGCUGAAUAAUUUGGGUGUCUCUUUUCUCUGUUUUAGUCAAAUACAUGAGAGUAGUUUGUAAAUUAGUUGAGCUGGAGUUGCCAAACUUGGCUGUAUAUCCGAGCAGCCUGGAUGGAAAGCCUUUGCAACUGAUAUUGUCCUCAAGCAGCUGAUCAUCAGAGCAUUUCCUUCCCAUACCCAAACCAGCAAAAUGACCACAUCCAGCAGGCAGAGUUCUUCUACAUCUAUGGUCAACAACUUAGCCAAAAUAUUUGAUCCAAACACUUUGCAAAACCAAGGGCCAGAUAAUGGAAUGGAACCUCCUCAAAUUCUUCGUGUUGAGAGAAAUGAUGUCAGCACAUCUGAAAGUUUCAACAUCACGGAUGUGAAGUUUGCUUCUCUUGAAGAAAAAAUUGAUAAACUGUUGACUCUCCAAGACAAUGUCCUUAAGAAGCUUAACAGUGUUUCCCAAGAAAUCUGUUGCAUUGAAAAAGACAUGGAGAUGGUAAAGGCGGAAACAUCUGAACCUGGAUCAAGGAUGGAAAGAAACAAAAAAAUGAGAAAUAAUGAAAUGAAGAGACUUUGCCUCAAAAUGAAAAAAUCUCUUUCUGAUAUAAACAGGAAAGCAGAGCAGCAGGUUAAAAGGCUAGAUGGACUUGAACAAAGUGUUUCUGGACUACAGAAACUUGUAGGACCUCUGGUAGAGAAGGUGAAAACAUUAAUAAUUCAUAAUUCAAGUGUAAAACAUCAUGUUAAAAAACGUAAAGUUUGCAAGGCAGGAGCGGGACAUCCAUUUAGGAUGCAUGUUUUCUCGGAGACAACAGCUGGUGAUCUGCUCAAGAAGAAAAAUGAAAAGGUCAUCAAAGAAAAGUCACAUUUCAAUGAAACAGAAACAAAAGAAAAGAAGCCACCAGAUUCAACAGAUGGGAACACCCAGCAGAGUCAGUCCUGCUCUCAGGAAGAAAUUGAUAAGCUCAACAAGGAAAAUACCAAGAGGGAAAGUUCCGUUCAGCUUGAAGUGGAUCCUCCCAAAUUUCAUACUGAGGAGUCAGAGGAGAGAGAACAAAAUUUGUCUUUAGAAAGCAAUUAUGUAUAUAGGAGAAACUCUUUUCAGGAGUCCUUCACUCCAGAAAAGAAGCAGGAAGAGGGUGCUGUUGAUGAUGCUUGUCAAAAACUAACUGUGCAGGAAAUAGAGAGUGAGUACCCAGCAGAUGAGGAGACAAAGAAGGAACAUCAGGUGCCUGAAGAUGCACUUGAGGAACAACAAGAGGAGAAAGAGACUGAAAGAGAGGAAAAUGCUGAUAAGAGUGAAAAAGGUGAACCACCAGCUCCUUCCCAAAAGGAAGAUAAGGCAGAAAAAAGUGAUGAUGAAGAGGUAUCAGAGGGAAGGUGUAAAAGCUGCGAAAAAGAUGAUCUUCCUACUCCACCAGCACCAUUUGAUCACCGGAUUGUCUCAGCCAAAAGGGUGGGGAUCAGCAAUUAUUACAAUGUCAAUGAGGAUGAAAUUCUGGGAGGAGGGCGAUUUGGGCAAGUGCACAAAUGUGAAGAGAAAGCAACAGGUCUCAAGCUGGCAGCCAAAAUUAUAAAAGCACAAGGUCCAAAACAGAAGGAUGAAGUAAAAAAUGAAAUCAAUGUCAUGAACCAGCUGAAUCACGUCAACCUCAUCCAGCUAUAUGAUGCCUUUGAAUCUAAAAAUGACAUUGUACUUGUCAUGGAAUAUGUGGAAGGAGGAGAGUUAUUUGACCGAAUUAUUGACGAAAACUACAAUUUGACAGAGAUGGAUACUAUCUCGUUCAUAAAACAGAUCUGCAAGGGAAUUCAGUACAUGCACCAAAUGUACAUUCUUCAUUUGGAUCUCAAGCCUGAGAAUAUCCUGUGCGUGAACCGAGAGGCAAAUCAAAUAAAAAUUAUUGAUUUUGGAUUGGCAAGAAGGUAUAAACCCAGGGAGAAACUUCGAGUUAACUUUGGGACUCCAGAAUUUCUUGCUCCUGAAGUUGUGAACUAUGAGUUUGUCUCUUUUCCUACAGACAUGUGGAGUUUAGGAGUCAUUGCUUAUAUGCUCCUCACUGGACUGUCUCCUUUUUUGGGUGAUGAUGACAAUGAGACCCUCAACAAUAUCCUGGCCUGUAACUGGGAUUUUGAAGAUGAGGAAUUUCGAGAUGUUUCUGAUGAGGCCAAAGAUUUCAUAUCAAAACUUCUCAUCAAGGAAAAAUGCUGGAGAUUAAGUGCAACUGCUGCCUUAAAACACCCCUGGUUAACAGACCACAAGCUCCACUGCAGACUCCAGAAAAAGGCUAAAGGUGACUGUGUGUCUCGAGCACCCCUGGCUCAAUAACCUCUCUGAAAGAGCUGCCAAACAGAAGAAAAGCUGCUGUGUGGUUACUGCUGCUAAGAGAUUUGAAAAUAUCAGCAGUCUCGGUGCUUUUUGCUCUCCUGCCAUGACUGAGACUUCUAAAUGGACCAACAGCACUUUAGUUGCAGGACAAGUCCCAGCAUUGUGGAGCUGCUUCUUUAUUCAGCUGUUAAAAGAAGGAAAGUAUUUCUCCAGGUUACAGGAACGUGUUUCUUCUAGAGCAGCAUGUUCUCCAUGCCUGCAAGUGCUACAUUAGCUUGGUUUCAUCAUGAACUUUUCUCUAUCUAGUCUUAUAUCCUCAUUUACUUAUCAAAGGCUCCUUAAAGUUUAAAUUAUCAUGUAACAUUAUUUUUCAUCUGAGCCCAGAAGGCAGUCUGUCACUAUGUUAUAUCUGUAGCCAGGGUUCAUUUGACACUGGAGUCAAGUAAUUAAAAAAAAAAAAAAAAAAAAAGGCAAAAAACCAAAAAAAAAUUGCAGCAAAUUUAAAGCUUCUUUCUGUAGAAGAUUUGAAGUUUGUAUUUCUUGUCACACUAAAAUGAGUUAAGGAUUAGCUCAACCAGAGUUAAAGCCACGUUAAUGUAACACCAGUGGAAGGGAGAAAUGAGUCUUUCCUUGUGUAUAAGUGAAUUUGCUGCAACUGUGAUAUGGUACAUUUCAGGAUUUUUUAGCCUGAUGAAUUACUGCUCGCUGUAAAUACACUUGGAUUAAUUAAACAAGAAAUAGAACAAGGCACUAUUCACUUGUACCCGCACAGACCCUGUCCUCCAAAAUGCAAGUAUAAUUCAGAGUUAUUUUAACAGAGGGUGACUUUAUAUCAUCUGUUUAACACUAAUUUAACUGAUUAGGACCACUGACAAAGAGAUGGGUUAGUGGUUUGUAAAUUAUAACCUCUGAGUACAGGCUCAAGUAAAAAUCAUCUGUAUUUCUAAAGUUUUCUUCUUUUGCUCUCAAGCCUUUCUGAUUCUUAAAAGGUUAAAAAAUGGGAGUCAGAACAGCUGAAUUUUUCACUUGAAUUUUUUUUUUUUUUUGAUUAUGGCUCAUCAUUAAGUGAAUCUAAGUUGCCAAGGCUCUAAAGUUAAAAUAAUGAGACUUACUCCCUGCUGUAUAUGGCUUUUGUACUGCUUGGUUUCAGAACUACAUAAAUGCAAAUUGUAAUGAGUAUUUUAUUUAAUCAUGCUGUUGUGGUGUCUUUACAUUGUCUUUGCUUAAUUCAGUUCUGAUCAAACCACAUAUUAACAUAGCUAUCUCUAUAUAUUUAUCUAUGCAUUUCAUAUGUUUAUAUAUUUAAGUUCUGUAUAUUCUAAAAAGGGAUCAACAUAAAGACACAACAGUAUUAUUCAUCACCACACAGUGAAUUGCUUCUUACACCUUUGUCCUUUCUGGACAGUAUUCGUUUUGAAAUUAAAAGGGGCCCAUUAAUGGGACAUCAUGGCCAUCACACUCUCUACAGCCAGUUUGAUUCAAUAUUUUAGAAUCAUUGUAGUACACUCCUUAAGACUGCUCCUGUAAAUUAACUGGGCUUCUUGCAGCUGUGACAUCUUAGUAAUACCGAUGUAUUGCACGAGAGGUUGUAAAUACUGCUGGCACACACUGACACACCACAUAAUUUUUGUACACUAUAGAGCACUGCCAGCUUCAAGUCCUCAUCUGUAGUCUUAACUAAAGUAAACUUCGACAAGCAGAAACUGAGGUUUCUUUGGGAAAAGACUGAGUGGUCUCAAAGCAAGAAAAUGAGUAUACGACUUUUAGGUAGAAGCUGGGCUGCUUGUUUUUAGUCACCAUUUAUACUUGCCUGGUCAAAAUGAAUAGUGAAGUUGCCUUUCAAUUAGGGCUGGAGUUCCCACUCCUGUUCUGUCUUCAACAUAUUGUAACUUUUUACAGUAAACAACUCAAUGAUCAGGCUAAAAUGCAGCAAACCACUUUGGAAUGACAGGAUCCCAUCAUGCACUCUGGUGCCAUUAUUGUAGAAUUGGAUCAGGGUUUUGUUUUUCCUUUGGUGGAUUUUACAUGGAUAAAUUCCAAGUACUUUUAAAUCUUACUAACUAUACUAAAAUAAUAGUGUGACUACAGUCUUUUCUGCUUUGUUGCUCAGUUGAAUUAAGAGGAUUUAUUAUAUGCUGAUAUAUACACCUGAGUGGAUGAUUAAGAGCUUAGUGCCAUGCAGAUCGGCCCAGUGUUAGAGUGUGUUGCGCUGAGUCAACUACAAAUCCUCCAGGAGCUGCCAGAAAAUGUGGUCUCUGUUGACCACAUCCCCUGAGUUCAUCUGUACAGUGCUCUGUCAGAAAUAGGAAUGCAUGGGAGGAUAGAAGAACUGGACAUACUUCCUCCACCUUGAGAAUUUAGGCAUAAGUUGAGGAGGGGACCCUUCAGCAGCCUCUGGCUUGUGCAAUCAGGCAGCGUGCUAACACAAUCAAGGCAUUUAACUUCCAUUCUUAAUAAUGUGGAUGAUGGUGGUCACACUCUAGAGUCUUGUCUGUAAAUUAUCCCACUGUUUCAUUCUUGGAACAGCUCCUGCAGUUGGGGGUGAAUUUAAGGGAGGGACAGUCAGAGAGGUUGGACUGAGCAGGUUUCUGCAGUGACUGAAGGUGCUAUUUGGUGCCCAGGGUUAAACCCAAGUGGGCCUGCAGAUGUCCAGUGGAGGAGGAAAAAAUCACAAGUGCACUUCUGCUUUUUGCCCCACAGAUGCUCGAUCUGCAGCACUGAGUCAAAAGGGAGGUACAUUACCUAGGGCCUUACUGUCACCAAGGGUAAAAAAUUCUACUGCUGUGUGAUCAUCACUGCUGUAUGUAGCAAUGUGCCUGAGAGAAAGGUCUCCAGAGAUGUUCAUUUGUGUCUUGUAUCCACCUCAACAGGAAAAACAACUUUACAUUGAGGGUGGCAGAGCACUGGAACAGGCUGCCUAGGGAGAUCAUGGAUUCUCCCUCUCUGGAGAUAUUACAAACGCCCCUUGAUGUGUUCCUGUGUCACCUACUUUAGGUGAUCCUGCCUUGGCAGGGGGGUUGGAUUGGAUGAUAUCCAGAGACCUGUCAACCCUAAAAAUUCUGUAAUUCUGAAUCUUUUCUGGCUGUUGCAAUUUUAGUAAAUUGCUUGAGACAGAUUCUUUUUAGUGGCUUCCUAAUUGUGUCUCAUUGCACUUUGAGCAGCAUGCUGUUUUGUGUGUGUGCUCACAUAUGCAAGUUUGGUUUGCGUUCUCUUUUACUUUGCCCUACCUCUGGAAACAUUCUAGGGUGAGUUGGAUAGGGCUGUAAGCAACCUGAUCAAGUGGGAGACCUCAUUUCUCACUGCAGGAAGGUUGGACUAGAUGAGCUUUAAAGGUCCUGUCCAACUCAAACUCUUCUGUGAUUCUGUGAUUUUAUGAUUUAAAUAUGUUCUGUAAUAGCUAAAGCCUGCUGUGUUAAAUUAUUGUUUUGACACAUCAUCAUUUAUUUUCUACUAGGUCAUAAUAAUACUAAGGCUACUAGGUUCUAAUAAGUCACCUACAUCUGUGUGAGUUUGCUUGUAAUUUUUGGUACAUAUUGGCUUAUGUGAUUUCAUUUGGAAACUGAAUUGCUGUGCUUGUGAACAGGUUUGGGUGUGAAAGGCACUGUUCUAGCUGCUGUUAUUCCAUUUAGCUGUAUACUCACGGACAGACAGGGCUGACUGCAGGUACCUCAAGAGUGGUACAGAAACAUCAGUUGCGGUGGGAGGGAUGAAGCGCCCAGAUGCAGUUCUGUGCAUUCUUCCUGAUAUGUAAAAAUUUAAAAAUAAAGUCCUGGCAACAUGACAGCUAUCACCUGGCACUCAUAAGAAUCAGGACACUGUUAUUCCUGCUCCUAUAGAUGCAGCAGGUAUACUGGAUGCCAGACAAACCAGAGUACUCUAAGACUGACAUCAAGAUUUGAAGCAAAUAUACUUGGCACAAGAUGGGACACUAGUGGUUUUUCAGUUGUUCUUAUAUGUUGUACAUCCUGAAGAUUAUGAAAUGUGUAAAAACCUUUCCUGCGGAAAGAUCUCCAUGCUAUCAUGCCCAUGUUUGUAAACCUGUCUGCCUGCAGACAGUCCCUCCUCUGGCUACCCUCACAGCAUAAGCCGUUGGCAACCUGGAUAAUCCACUCUGGAGAUUACAAGAGCAGCUGCUUUUUAAUUUCGUUUUUAUAUUCCCUCUAAUGUAAGAAGCUGAAUAAAAUUAAAGCCAAGCUAAAUUCUUGAUUCCAACCAGGAAUAACAGGAUAGCUCACAGAAAAAAAGUAAGGGAAGUGCUAGAUCCACCUUUUGUGAUGUGAGUAAUAGAAGAGCCCAGUUUAACCAUCCCACCUUCCUGCCAAAAAUAUCUACUUUGCACUAGUCCUGAUCAGUAAAAAUAAAAAGAGCCUUAAUCUUUUUAACAGUGAAGGAAUCUCAAUCAAGAAAAAGUUUUUCUGCAGCGGUUAAAAUUGCUGCAGUAAAAGUCAAGUUGGUUUAGCAUUUUCAGUUUAAUGCUGACACUAUAAAACACUGACAGCCUCUUUCAGCAAAAUGGUCCCCACCAGGACCUGUGAGAAAAGAAGCUGUUUGUCAGCUGUUCUCCACUGAUGGAGACCUGGAAACACUGGAUUCUGUUCCACCGGAUCCAGUGAGCAGGGCAAUUCCUAGCUUUUGGACUUAAGUACGUGGUGCAAAAUGGAGUUUUGCACCCAAAGUAAUGAUGAAUGGGUGAAUGAGCACGAAUGCUCCAAACUCCUUCCGUGAGGAUGAUGCAUUUUCAUAUACUACUUUUAUCAGCGAUACGUGCUUGUCCUUGUGUCUCCUGUGGAUAAAGCGAAACACUGCAUGAAUCCGUGUAGGAAUGCUAGACUCUUUCACCUUCCAUGAAGGCUUGGUAGCUGAACAACUAACUACCUGUUUCUAACUUAGAUGAAGACUGGUAGAGAUAGCGCUUUGUAAAUAUGUUGUUUAUCUGUGCCUGAGAGUGAGUGCUCUCAUUUUGGUGUGGCAGAACUAAUGUUUGUGUACCCCACGGCAACUUCCCUUGAAUUUAGAGGACAGGCAUGUGGCAACUAAAUUAUGAAGCAUGUGGAUUUCCAUGUACCUUAUCACUUUGGUUUGCAUAUCUGGUUUUGUAGAUUAACUCAUGUAUCUCUGGUAUGUGUUCUUUUGUGAAAACCAUGAAGCGAUCUUGUAAAAAGAUGAACGAGGAAUAAAUGCUGAUUUUGUUUACUCCAG